GUAAACACGCUGGAGCAAACGUUUACCUAACUGCUGUUUUCUUGAUUUAACGUUCACGGGUCUUAUGUAAACGAGCAGCCUAAAAUGCGUGUGAUGCGUGUUGGCAAUGUCGACACGUCAUUAUAUUCCGUAUAAAUAAAAGCCAUAGCUUGUUGCUAAUUCAGGCGAAUUUUAGUUAAAAAUAAUCGCAUGAACGUCAACAUGCAGCAUCACAUCGUCGUUGCUCUCAUUAUUUGGUCUGCGGCUUUUGUAGAGUCGAAGAAAAUACGAGGAAUUUCCAUGUCAUAUAAACGUUUCUACAGGGAAAGGAAAUCCUUUCUUUGCAUCGACGGUUCCAAAUUAAUCCCUUUCGACCGAGUUAACGACGACUACUGUGACUGCGCGGAUGGAUCGGACGAACCUGGUACUGCCGCCUGUCCUAAUGGACGUUUCUACUGCGUGAACCUUGGUUUUCGGCCACACUAUGUUCAGUCCUCCCGCGUCAGUGAUGGAAUCUGUGACUGCUGCGACGGAUCCGACGAGUUCAGCGGCCGAAUCCAGUGUCUGAACAAAUGCAGGAUUCUGGGACAGCAUGAGAGGCAGGAGCUGGAGGAGAGGAUGAAGACCUUGAAUGAGGGCUGGCUCCUCAAACGGCAGCUCAUAGAGGAGGGUGCCCUCGUCUGGCAGGAGAAACAGGCACAACUUGGGCACCUACAGAAGGUGGCUGAGGACCUCAGGGUGAAAGUGGAGGUCAGCAGGAAGAGGAAGUUGAAUGCAGAGGCUGCAAAAAGCCGCCUGGAGGAGACAGUACAGCUAAAUUAUAACCACGAGGGCACCCUCCUCUAUGAGCUGCUGUUUGAGGAGCAACCCCUCAUUCAAGGUCUUCUGCAACAUUUUGAAGUGAAGGAGCGAGGUCUCGCAGACGAACAAAGGCAUGGCGUUCCGUCCCAUGGUGACAGGGUUCAAGUGGAGGAAGGCAGAGCUGGUGUGAUCCACCGUGGACAGCGGGAGGGUGAGAUUCAAAAAGUACAUCAAGAAGCAGUCAAAACCCCUUCAGAUGAAAACGGCAUUAUCAAAGCAGCGCAGAGUGCUGUAGAAAGUGCUGGUGAAGAACUCCAGAAGGUUGAAGAGGCGUACAACACAGUUCAAUCCGAGAUCAGGGAGCUGACAGAGAAACUGGCCAUCGACUACGGUCCAGAGCGAGAGUUUAUGUUCCUGCUGAGUCACUGUCUGCAGCUGGCAGUAUACGAGUAUGUGUAUACUCUCUGCCCCUUCAGUCAGGUCAUCCAGAAGAACAGUGUGGGGUCAGAGGUCAUGCUGGGAUCUCUGGGGGGGAUACACCACGUGACAGACCGCCGUGCGUGCUGCCACCGACAGUCCAGGAUUCGGCAGGGCCGUGUGAGAGCCGCGCGGCAUCUGCGUGAGCGCCAGCAGAAAUGGGGAGGCUGGCUUGACUCUCCUGACUCCGCCUACUCACAGAUGAGGUACGAGCAUGGUGAACCCUGCUGGCAGGCUCCUGAGCGCUCCGCAGUGGUCACGCUAGCGUGUGGGACGCAGACUGAGCUGAGGUCCGUCAGGGAGCCCAGUAAAUGCCACUACACUAUGGAGCUGCACACCCCGGCCGCCUGCAGACCCAGCACCCAGGCGCGCAGCGUCCACAGCGAGCUCUGACACCCCCCCACCCCCCCACCCUCGGCCCCUCGCGAGGCUCUGUCUGCCCCGACUCGCCAGCGUCAACUCCCGAAAGCCGCCGGUGGCUGUGUCAAAGCGGUGAUGACACUAAACUGUGCAGAGCCCUGGCCAAAUGCUCUCUGAGCCUAAACACCGAAGCACUGGCAUCUAAAAAGACAGCAAGGGACACUUCUCCUCAUCUUCCCAUUAGUGUCUGAAGAUAUUACAUUGCAUGUUCUCGUCUUCCU